UAUACGUGGACUGAAGUGAUUACCUGAAGAAUUGUAUUAACUGGAACACGAGUCUUCUAAAAUAUGAAAUGAGACGACUUGGCCUCAAUCUGCACUACUGUGUUGACACUGGCUACUGUGUUGACACUGGCUACUGUGUUGACACUGGCUACUGUGUCUUCAGAUACAAUGCCUCGGGAAUUCCAGCACCCAUUCCACAAGCUGCCAUGGCUUCUGGAGGAGGGAUAUGACUCCCUGGAGGAUCUGGAAUUUAUAGACGGGGGAGUAUACGUGCAGGGAGAAAACCACGGUGUUCUCCCGUUGUGGGCUGGUGAUGGGGAACCCCACAGCUCCCACAGGCGCCACUAUAGCGCUAGUGAUCUGACGGCGGAAAGCAAGGAAGUGGUGGUUCCUCUCAUUGAUCCUAGAAGAGCCGUGUUACUACCGGGCUACGGCCAGGAACACCUCCCCGUGUGGCAGCGUCCUGACCCACCCGAGUAUGUCAACGGCGCCUCCAAGACUUCUAAUGCACAUAAGGAUCCGUUUGAAAUACCCCAGAUAUUGGAAACUCAAAGUCUUACGGGCUCAGACGUGAUGGAGGACGAGAACGAAGCUAGCAACAGCAAGCCCCCGGCCGACACUCACGAUACUCUAGGCACCGACCCAUCAGAGUAUUGUAAGUCCCACGGAGGAAUGUCCGUGGACUCACUAAGAAGGUCCUCCACCCUCACAAGAAUUAAUGAGUUCCUCCAGCGUGCCCGAUCUGAGGUGCUGGAGGGUGAAGACGGCAGGAGCACCAGAGAGCGUCUGCGACACUUGCUACGCAACUCUCACAACGACGACACACAAAGGUAA